AAACUUGAUCCCCGUGAGUAUUAUCAACGUGCAUUGUCGCUGGUGAAGGAUUUCCUUGAUGGUGGUGAGGAUUCGAAUUCAUUUGAAGACAAGAUGCGUGAUAUGUUUGGCAUCUAUGCCUAUCCAUGGUUUACAAUGGACCGGCUUAUAAUCAACCUUGUGCGUCAGCUUCAGUCAUUGGCCAGUGGAGAUGAAUUGAGCCAGCGCUUGACUAGUUUGUUUCGUCACUGGAACAGUGUCAAUGGGAGCAAAAGUUUGGCUAGUUAUGAAGCCAUGCCUUGCAGCGUUGCAUAG